AUGGAAUCCCGCGCAAUCGAAACAGGGACAGGAGCGCAGCUGGCCGAUCAAACAGAAGGUCCUGUGAUCAACAAAUUUCUAGAAGAGUACACGAGGGGGGGAUACUUGGCCUACGGAAAGCUGACCCGACUCGCCAAAACAAUCGUGAGGGACGAGCUGAGUCGGCGCAAUAUUAAGCAUGAGCUCUUCGACCGGGGAAGCGAGGGUUGGGACGGAGGAGGGGCAAAAACACCGAAUUCAGCCAGACGAACCAUCCUCCGACGGCAGGCUGAGCGCACCCAGAGGUACGAGAAAGUCGAGGAAAUCGAGAGGGAUAUGCACGAUCUCGCCGGUAUUCGGAUUGCACUUUACUAUCCCAACGAUUUUUCAAAAGUCGAAGAGAUGAUCACCGAGCGGUUUGAAGAAGUGAAGGCGGUCCAGGACUGGCCGGACUCGGAAUUUGGACCACAUCGCUAUCCGAGUCUUGACGCAGACCCUUCUGCACGAACCGACAUCUCUGGACGCAAAAGCAGAUUCUUAGGAUACUUUGCUCGUCAUUACCGAGUUCAGCUGAAGCCGAAAGAUGAUGAUGAUGAUGGCCAAUCGGCUGUGAAAGAUAGGGUGCUGGAGAUUCAGCUCAUGUCGCUGCUUAUGCAUACCUGGUCGAAGAUGCACCACGAACUGAUCUACAAGCCGCAGGAAGGACUCCCGCAAGUCGACGAAGAUGACGAGCGCCUUGUCGAUGUUUCCAAUGGAAUCAUCAUUGCGGGAGAGCAGCUCUUACGGCACAUCCAGAUCAGCCUCGAUAGGAAGAAGGCGCGGGGAUCUCUCCCAUUCGAGAACGAGGAAGAUUUUCUAAGCUACCUGCGGCAAUGGCGUAGGAAGAGGGGAUUCAUGCACUCAUAUAAGCAGUACCUUAUGACGACCAGUGGUUAUAACAUGGACGGGAUUCUCUAUCGCUCACUUCGUGCGUAUGGACUAAAUACCCGCGAGAAGGUCAAUUGGCUACUUGAAGAGGAUGACAGCCGCACUCGUGAAAGCGGACAUCUUCUUAUCACCUUGGCCAACUCGGCAUGGUUUGAAAACCUCGAAGCCUCGACGCUGCGGCUUCCGAAGUCGAACAGAGGCAGUCCGUCCAGGCGUCACCAAACGCUCGACCGAGAUAAAGCGACACGACUAGUGCGCUACUAUGCAUGGCUCAUCAGUAGUGCCCUGAGGUGGCAGAAUCAACCGGCAAUGGUCUUCGAUGAAUAUGCGCCAAACAACGAUAGCCUCCCUUCUGGGGAGGAUUUCCUCCAGAUCCUCCAUCCGAAGAGUCAGGCACUACUCAAGGCAGACACUGUUGCAUGUUUGCGCAACUAUUGCGAGCAUCUGUUCGUUCCGAGUCAAUCUGAUUGGAUGUUGAGUCUCGCUUUGUCCAGGCUGACGUGGUAUCCUAUCCCACCUGGGCUUGAAAAGAACGAAGACCGGCCCAGCACAUCCAAUACUCGGGAUGAGAGCGAGUUCACCAUAUGUCCCAAAUAUUUUGUCGAUAUACUUGAUCGAAUGACACAUGAUCCAACGACACAUGAUCCAACGACACAUGGUCCAACGACACAUGAUCCAACGACACAUGGUCCAACGACACAUGGUCCAACGACACAUGAUCCAACGACACAUGAUCCAACGACACAUGAUCCAACGAUGCAUGGUCGAUCGAUAUUUGAUCGAACGAAACCCCAUGCGCUUGAGACAGUGCUUUUGCCACUGGACAGCGUCGAAACGGAGGCUGGAGAAUGCAAGUGGAGAGAAUAUGAGCCGCAGGGGAAGGCACAGCGCGCUUGCAUCGUAGGCUUGGAACGCGUGAGGGACUACCUGGACCGUCCUAAUGUUAUGUGA